AUGUCUACUAAAGUUGUGUCAAGAGAUGAAUUAUUUAAUUCAGAACCAUCUGGAGACGAGCUGCCAUAUGAGGAAGGUGUACAUGAUGACUUUGAUAUAGUUCAAGUUGAGCAACAAGAAGAAGCCAAUAAUAAAGGUGCUGAAGACAAUGGUAAUGAUCCUGAAGAGUAUGCGUUCCCAUUAUUUUCCUUUGGAGCUGGUGAAGAAGCUACAAAGGAAGAUAAACCUCUUAUGAAGGUUUCAUUAAAGGUUGAAGAAGAGGAGCUAGUACAAGAACGGCCCAAAAGCUACUAUUACCAACAUCUCUCUGAGGAGUGUAAGGAUGCCUUAUCAAGUAGCGCAUUAACCUAUGAUGACAUCUUUACAGAAAAAAAUAUGCGCCCAUAUCAAGGAUGGAAAAAAUUUAGAGGAAAAGUGAUCGAUGUAGCAGAUUACAACCGUAUUAUUGAUGCCAAUAAAAAGAUGGAAAUAAAGAAUAAAAAGAGAAGACCAGGGAAGAAACAACGUAUAGCAAAGGCUUUAGGCAGUAAAAGGGUGAAAGAGCGUGAAGAAAAGGAUAAGGAACUCAAGAAGCAAAGAAAAAAGAUGUUUCACAAACGUGGUGGUAAAAAGAAUAAGAAGAAAGCUAGCACUUCAGCUAUACCGUCUAAGCCAAAAUUUAGGACUGAAUAG